AUGGAAGAUGUGCAGCUUGAGUAUCAGCGGCUGGAGCGACGCCACCGCCGCGAGAAGAAAGAGCUGCAGGACCGCAUCCAGGCCAUGAAGAACGAGGUCCCAAAGGGCGACAAGACGAAGACAAAGCAGUUGCUCCUGGACGUGGCCCGCCUGGAGGCCGAGCUGGAGCAGAAGCAUCAGCUGGAGCUGGAGAAGUUCGGGGAGCAGUACCCUGCGAACAGCGGCCUCGACUCCAUCACCGAGGGCCUGGCCAAGAUGGAUCUCGAGAACCACCCUCCUCGAGUCUCGAGGGCCCAGAAAAGGCGCGAAAGAAGGGCGGCGCUGCAGAGAGAGCGUCAGAAGAUGGCGGCCGAGGCCGAGCCUGGGUCGCUGAGCAGCCACGGUCGCGACGAGGAGAAGCAGCUGGCUGCCAUCCUGGAGGCCCGGAAUCUGGAGAUGAAGGAUGUCCCGGCCAACAGCCACUGCAUGUACCGCGCCAUCCAAGACCAGCUGCCGUUCUCCGUGUCCGUGGAGAGCCUGCGGGGCCGCACCGCCAGCUACAUGCGGAAGCACGUCGACGACUUCCUGCCCUUCUUCAGCGACCCCGAAACCGGCGAUGCCUACACGCGCGACGACUUCUUGAUCUACUGCGACAACGUCGCGCACAGCGCCGCGUGGGGAAGCCAGCUGGAGCUGAGGGCCCUGUCGCACGUCCUGCAGACCCCCAUCGAGGUGAUCCAGGCCGAGGCGCCCGUCCAGGUCAUCGGGGAGGAGUACAGCAACAAGCCGCUCACGCUGGUCUACGUGCGCCACGCCUCCAACUUCGGGGAGCACUACAACUCGGUGAAGCCGCUGGAAGCCGGCGCCGUGGGGGGCGUCCCCGUGCGCUUCUUCUAG